AUGGAGGAAAAGAAAUUUACAGAGUCGCACGCGACUCCGGCCUCGGACACUCCCCCAUCUUAUGGCGAUUCGGAGCCCACUAAGGGAGGCUACGGCCAACGCAUCCUCGAUAGUUUCAAGCGAGACCCAAAUGCCCAGAUUACUGGUGGCCAUCCUGCUGGUGCCGAUGGCUCUGGCUUCGACAUUGAAACUGCCGCCCAGAACACCGCCUCGUCUCCGCUGCAGCGUCGCCUGAAGGGUCGUCACCUGCAGAUGAUUGCGAUCGGGGGUUCUAUUGGUACUGGUCUCUUCGUCGGCUCGGGAACCGUUUUGAGUACUGGUGGUCCAGCGUCGGUCGUCAUUGCCUAUGUCCUGAUCGGAUGCAUGCUGUACUGCACGGUCCAUGCCCUGGGUGAGAUGGCGGUUCUCUUCCCCGUCGCCGGCUCUUUUGCCCACUACUCGACUCGUUUCAUCGAUCCUGCCUGGGGUUUCGCCAUGGGCUGGAACUAUGCCCUGCAGUGGUUGGUUGUCUUACCCUUAGAAAUUGUCGCGGCUUCAAUCACGGUCGAUUAUUGGAACGCAGGCGUAUCUAAUGCCGCCUGGGUGACAAUAUUCUGGGUCCUCAUCGUCUCGAUCAACUUGUUCGGCGUCCGGGGUUACGGUGAAGCGGAAUUUGUCUUCUCUAUCAUCAAAGUCAUCGCCGUCAUUGGUUUCAUCAUCCUCGGAAUUAUCCUCAACUGCGGUGGUGGUCCCCAGGGUGGCUAUAUUGGUGGGAAGUACUGGCAUGAGCCGGGCGCUUUCCACAAUGGGUUCAAGGGUCUCUGCAGUGUCUUCGUCAAUGCUGCUUUUGCCUUCGCGGGUACUGAGCUGGUUGGUUUGGCCGCGGCUGAGACCGCCAACCCUCGCAAGUCUCUCCCCACUGCAGUGAAGCAGGUCUUCUGGCGUAUCGCUCUCUUCUACGUGGUUUGCCUCACCAUUGUGGGCCUCCUGGUUCGGUACGACGACCCCAAGCUCCUGAGUGGGAGCUCCAGCGCCGAUGCUCACGCCUCGCCGUUCGUCAUUGCCAUCGAACAUGCCGGUAUCUCUGGCCUGCCCUCGGUCAUGAACGUCGUGAUUAUGAUUGCCGUUUUGUCUGUCGGCAACUCGUCCGUCUAUGGCUCAUCCCGCACUCUGGCCGCGCUGGCUGAACAGGGCCAGGCGCCCCGGUUCCUUGCCUACAUCGACCGCAAGGGUCGGCCUCUGUGGGCCAUUUGUAUCGCUUCCGUCCUGGGUCUGCUCUGCUACCUUGCUGCCUCGGACAAGCAAACCGACGCCUUUGAGUGGAUGAUGGCUAUCUCUGGUCUUUCGUCUAUCUUCACCUGGGGUUCGGUGUGUCUCGCCCAUAUCCGCUUCCGCCGCGCAUGGAAGAUCCAGGGCCACAGCCUCAACGAGUUGGCCUUCGUCUCGCAGCCCGGCCUGAUCGGCUCGUGGGUUGGGUUCAUCUUCAAUUGUCUCGUUCUGGUUGCCCAGUUCUGGGUCGGUUUCGCCCCAGUCGGCUACGCCUCGAAGACCCCCCAGGAACUGGUCGAGAAUUUCUUUUCUGUUUACCUGGCUGCCCCUGUUGUCAUCUUGUUUUACGUCCCGUACAAGUUCUGGUACAAGACCAAGUUUGUGCGCUCACACGAAGUGGAUCUGGUCACGGGUCGUCGCGAACUGGACAUCCAGCAUUUGAUUGAGCAGGAGAGGGCCGAGCAGGCAGCAUGGCCCGUCUGGAAGAAGGCCUACAAGUUCUUUUGCUAG